AUGAAGAAAGAAAAGUACCAUCCAUACAAAAUUAGACUAGUGCAGCAACUGAACGAAGAUGAUCCGGACUGUAGACUACAAUUUUGUGAAAUUAUCAUGAAUUUAUGUAACAAUAAUCCACACUUAGCUCCCGACACUUGUCAAGUUAGCACUACUGGAAGGCAGGCAGGCAGGCAGGCAGACAACUUAACCAGCAUCUGCAUUAAAUUACAAGAGGGAAUCGGCGACAAUAAUCGCGAAGCUGCGCAGCGGUCUGUAAGACCCUCAUUGUUGCAAAGUUGGCUGGGGUCGCUUCAGACAAAGCACGGUGAAGUUCUUUCGAAAUUUGUUGAUGAUUCGGCGAAUACAUCGCUCGAUUGGGCGUAUGCAUACCAUAAAAUUCACGAAGAGCACGAUAAGUUUGGCGGACAAAACAAUGGUUUUGAUGAUGGAAAAGAUGGUGUGGGGAGUAUUAUUUCUGAUGAGUUUGUUCAGUGUACCAUCGGAAAACGCCGCCUGGGGGCAGGAUAGGCAACACCGUAAACGGGAUAUCAGAAAUCGGGAGACUAUUAUAUACGCUGAAAAUGAAGGACAUCAGGGAGAAUCGAAGUGUCCUGUUCCGUGCAGCUGCGUGACGGCUUCGGGGGGCAGCUUGCAGCUGCAGCUGCAGCAGGAUUGUGAGGGGUGCGAGGAGUGCCCUCGGCAGGCGGGGGAGCCUUGCGGGGGGGAUCGCCCCUGCGACGUGCAACGCGGACUUUUAUGCCGAUACAAGCACCAGGGAGACACCGAGGGAGUAUGUAGAGAGUCCAGCGGUGUCCCGUGUGUAGUUUACAACAAGACUUACGAGCAUGGGGAGACGUUCACUCUGGAUUGUCGGACGCAGUGCGCCUGUCAGAACGGCACUUAUGGUUGUUCGUCACUGUGCCCUCAGGAGCAUAUCUCUCCCAGAGGAAACUGUCAACACCCGCGGCUAGUCGAUGUCCCAGGACAAUGCUGUCGCGAGUGGAUGUGCGACAGUCAGACUGCCGAACAACCUCCCUCCUGCCAGCCAACGUUCAGUCGCUGGUCGUCGUGUUCUUCGGGCUGCGGCUCGGGUCUCUCGACGCGGCAAUCGAACCUGAACGGACGAUGCCUAAGCGAGACCGAGACCAGGAUAUGCCAGACCCGCAGGUGCCAAGAUAACACCCAAGCAUACCCCUCUAUAGCCGAUUAUCAAACGAGGCAGCAUCACCUCAGGAGAGGCCAUGAAUGCAAAGCGACUCACCGGCUCAGUUCCGCCGUCUACCUCCGCUUCGGUCCCUGUCGCAGCCGGAAGCGCUUCCGGCCCAAGUACUGCGGACUCUGUCCCCUCCCUGGCAUGUCCUGUCAGCCCCUGCUCAGCACCACCGUCAAAGUCGACUUCAUAUGCGAAGGUUCCCAAUCGACAGAGAGCGCAACGGAACUUCUGCCGGAGUAUCUGGAACCGGAAGAGGACCUUUGGGCGGACGAGGAUCCGGGCAAACCGGAUGCAGACUCGAAGUUGUUGACAGUGCUCGUGCAGUGGGUGCUAAAGUGCAGGUGCGAAGCAGAAGUUCCGGAUUCGACAUCGAGUAGCGGCCAAGUUGUUUUGCAUCGCGUUCACAGGACUGCGGCGCCAUGAUUCUAAAAAAAAAAAAAUUAACAUAAAAACCGUGGUAUUUUCCGAAUUUGUGGCAUAUCAUUUUCGGUUUAGUUUGUCGAGAAAAAAUAAAAUGAACAAGUGGAUCGGGUCCAUAUUUUAGUUUUUAGUUGGUAUACCUCUAUAGAGAUCGAUUUAUCUGUGCCUUUUUUAUUAAAAAUUAUAUAAGGGGGAAAUUGUAAAAGCUUAAUAUUUCACUACUAAUUACUUAAUUAAUACAAUUAAUUUCAUUGACUUGUUCAAUUUUAUCAAACAUAUCAUACACAAUUAAUUUAAUCGUUUUGAUAAAAUUCAGUUUAAAAAUUGAUUUUAUAAAUAGAUAACCUUUUACGCACUUAUUUUUAAAUUAUAGUUAUACAGGGUAUUUUAAAUUGACAACUUUGCUAUGUAACACUUCCAAGUAGCACUACUA